AUGGAGUGUGGCAAGGGAAAGGGCGCCGACUUCCUGCCACUUCAAAUUUGCGAUGCGCCUCUUGCAAGCUCAGGUGUUUUGCAUGGCUUGUUGCAUGCUUUGGUUGUUGGUUGGUCCUGCAGUUCGCAGGCUGAGUCUCUUGUCCACGGUUCCUGCGGGCCAGCCCACCAUGAGGACUGGGAGACUGGCCCGGCGUCCGUCGCACUUUUUCGCUGUCUGAUUCUGAAGUCCGCCUUGCUUGCAGGCUCCGUGAAGGCGGAGGACCCAGAGAGCCCAGAGACUGGCGGCCGAGACCGCGGAGUGGACGAGGACGGCCAUCCCGGAGGAGAGGGCUCCGUGAAGGCGGAGGACCCAGAGAGCCCAGAGACUGGCGGCCGAGACCGCGGAGUGGACGAGGACGGCCAUCCCGGAGGAGAGGGCCCCGUUCCGGCGGAGACCCCGCAGCUGGUCAUCAGCGGCUCCUUCUCGCUGGCUGGCCCGGCCGGCGGUGCGGGGCACCAGCGGAAGCACCUGGCGGGGCAGUCCAAGGCGGGGCGGCUCGCGUGCGGAGUGUGCGGCAAGCAGUGGACUAAUGCUUCGGAUUUGAAGAGGCACGCGAAGAUUCACACCGGAGAGAAGCCGUAUCAGUGUGACGAGUGUGGGAAGAAGUUCAAUUACAAUGGCAACCUCACUAAGCACAAAAGGAUCCACUCUGGAGUGAAGCCCUACGAGUGCAAGGUGUGCGAGAAGAAGUUCCGAUAUCUGUCUGCACUACGCAAGCACGAGUCCAUUCAUUAAGGACAGUAGUGAAGUGUGAAGUUGUGCAAGUGCGGCGUUUGUGAAAAGCUGUGAGCGAAGGUUACUUUCGCUUUGACGCGGCGGAGAGGACUUUUGAAUGCGACGUGGCCAGGAAGUAGUCACGUCCUCACGCUCGCAUGCACAAUGUUUCGCGAAUGCAGCCUGUACUUUUUUAAUAAUGAUUAUUCUUUAAAUGCGAUCAAAUCGUUUUAUUUUAUAUGUUGAGCCACACAUCGGCUUUACUCA